AUGGAAAAAGUGGAUAUUAUUGUUAUUGGAGCUACGGGUUUUACGGGAAAACAUGUUGUGAAACAAUUGACAGCCUUUAGUAAACACUCAACAUACAAAACUAUUACUUGGGGUGUCUCAGGAAGAUCAACAGAAAAAGUGAAACUCUUACUAAAAGAAAUUGCAGAAAGCGAUGUAGACACAUCGAAAAUUCUUACAGUAAUAAGCGAUGUUAAAGACGAAAACGCUCUGUCUAAUGUUACAAGAAGAGCUAAAAUUAUUAUAAAUUGCACAGGCCCAAAUACUCUUCUAAGCGAGUUUAUUGUGAAGGCUUGUGUACAAACUGGCACUCAUUAUGUUGAUAUUUCGGCAGAACUUUAUCAUAUUUUAAACGUGUAUAGAGCAUACCACAAAUUAGCUGAAGAAGCGAACGUGCUAAUAGUUCCAAGUUGCGGAUUUGCAUCGAUACCAACAUCAACUGGUCUUACCUUAUUGGAUAAACAUUUUAAAGGUUCACUGCACACUGUCGAAUGCUAUAUAGAGUUACAUAUACCAAGAGAAUGUUACUUCGGGGGACGAAAUAAAGCUCUAGUACAUUAUGGGACAUGGGAGUCUUUUGUUCAUGAAUUGUCUAAUAUGGAAAAAUAUAAGAAUUUGAAGAAAUUAACGUUUCCAGAAACACACAAUGAGCCAGUACCGAGAGAAUUAAAAAAGUCAUUUUUCCAUAAACACGAGGGCAAAUGGUGGUUUUCCUACCCAGGACCUGACACCGAAGUGGAUUUUAUGGCACAGAUGUAUUUUAAAGAUAACAUGGGAAAGAAGCCCAUACAUUUCAAGGCCUAUACUACAAUGCCUCUGAUAAUCCACUUUUUCUUUAUUAUUCCUCUAGUAUUUAUUGCUUAUUACGCUUGUCGAUUGAAGUGUUUUAGACACUUGAUGUGGAAAUAUCCUGGUUUCUUUUCCUUCGGCUUAAUGUCACAUAAGGGUCCAACAGAGAAAUUAAGAAACGAUCUGAAGUAUACAUUUACACUGACAGGAAAAGGAAAAGACUCAACUGCCAAACCUUAUACAGUAAAGAUAACAGGAUCAGAUCCUGCAUACCAUAGCACCGCUGCAACUGUUUUAUUUUCUGCCGUGACUAUUUUAUUGGAGAGAGAGAAAAUGCCAAAAGGAGGUGUUCUGAUGCCAGAAAAUGUUUUUUAUAACACUAAUAUCGUAGAAAGAUUAAAAUGUAAUGGAAUAAAUUACGAAAUUGUAGAUAAUGUACCUGAUAAUAUAAAUAUAAUUGGGUGA